AUGUGCCGGCAGGAGAGUGUGCGUGUGCCCCCGUGCACGUGUGAGCAUGUGCACGCGAGCGCGGAGGGUGGGGGUGGGGGCGGGGGCGCCGGCGGUGGCCCCACUGGAACGGCCGCCUUCCGUCCGCGGAGCCGCCCCCUGGGGACGGGGCGCGGGUUUGGGGGAGGCUCCGCCCGCUUUCCGCGGAGUGUGCUGCCACCUGGAGGGAGGGCGGUGUCCGGCCUGGGGGAGGACGCCGCUCGUUGCCGCCGGGGGAUCCUGUCCCUGCGCGGGGACGAGGGCCGACGCGGGGGCGGGGAGGUGGGCAGGCAGGAGCUAAGAGCCGGAGGCCGCACUCGGAAGCGCCCGCUGGCGCGUUUCUCCCCAAACAGCCGCCUCCUGCGUUGGGAAGGCUGGGUGGUGCCCGCCGCCCCUGCUGUGUCGCCUCCCGCGUGCCUAGGGGACGGAUCCUCCUGCGGCUGCGCGCCGGCCAGCAAGAUGCGAGCCAGUUCUCUGAAGGGGGACGAAGUCCUGUUGGGUUGUCUCGUCAGAAGCCGCCACCUUACAUCCCCGCGCCCCGCCCUGGACAUCCCCGCAGCCUUCGCGGGCCUCCCCGGAGGGCACCCCGGAGAGACACCUGCAGACUCACACUUCUGUCUUCCAGACAGUCCAAGAAAAUGGCAUUGUGCCAUUUGUGCUAUUUGUAUCCAGGUGUGGUGAGGCCAGCAGACCAGGAGACAGCAGCCGCCACUGAGAAGCUGUGCUCAGAGAUCCCGGGAGGAGGCCACGCUGCGCCUGCAGAGCGGGACCACAGAGGAAGGAACAGGAAAAGGCUCCCACCUCUUGGACUGAUCUUGGACUUCCCGGCCUCCAGAGCGGCAAGAAAUAAAUUCUGUUGUUUAUAAGC